GUACACUUGUUUGGGCUGACCUGGCACCUGCAGCCAGCGGAUGGGGAGUUCUAUGAGAAUGGACUCAGCAAACUGGACAGAGACUCAGAGAGCAUAGACAUUACCUUCACGCCCUUCGGUCUGCCCGGCCUCAACAACACCAACAAAGGUAAGCGGUGGUGGGCAAAGAUCUAUGUUAUGAAGCAUCCAGGGUUUGAUUCACAGUGUCAGACCACAGAACAAAAGCUAGAGCAAGGGCGAUCCAUGGGCUCUCUCAUCAUAUUUGUCUUCCUCUGUGUUUACAUAAGAAACCUGUUGUUUCAUAACCAGCGUGUUGGAUGCAAUAUGUUUCGACUGAUAAUUAUUUCCUUCUUGUGCGAUGCUUAUUGUGGUUCAGAUAAAAGAGCCGGUAGCUGGGUGGGUGGGUGAUGCACAGGUCAUCCCCGAGUUAAAACGCCUAGUGUUCACAGGGAAUUGCCUCCAUUAGCACGAUAAAGAUCUGAUUAUAUAAAUUUCCCACUUCCGAAAAAUAAACUCAUAGAAUCAUCGAGAUAGAAAUAUAGCAUUAUUCCAAUAACACCAGAUCAGCCCUGGGGUCCCAAAUACCGCAGACGUACAAUUCCAUAUCGGCAAUGAGUGAAAUAAUUCAGUUCCAUUCCACAUAAUUCAAUUCCAUUUCUAUAAGCACGUGAACCAGAAAAUGUUCUCUGCAACUAGGGCAAUGUUGAAGAGUAGAUUAAAAUCAAAUCAGUUAUGAAAAUAUUGGAUUGCCCCUGCAUAACCACAUAAUGAAUCUCAGUAAAAGCUUGGUGUCUGAGUUUCAAUAUUCCCAUAUCAUUGCCCUCUGACACAUCCAUCCUUUCUCUUACCAAGGGGAGGAAUAGGAAACACUGCAGGUAGUACUGCUAGAUUGAGACAGUAUAUAAGGCUGUGUGCACUCUGUGGCUAGUACAAUGCAGCCAACUGUGCUGGGUUACAUUAGCAUGCAUUGACUAUGAAGUAAUCAUGAGGAGCUUCAUGAGCAGUUAAUUAAAGUAAGAGAGCUUGGAUUAAUCCCCUAGCAGGCUAUAGCCCACAGCGUCAUCCUUAACUCUUUCAGACCAGAGGUCCUCCAGCUCCCCUUCUCAACCUCCCUGUUCUACGAAACAAACAGGAUUAGAAUGACAUGACAGUUUAUCUACUUUAGGCCUUUACCUUAGUAAAAGCUGAAACAAGGAAUUAUAACGAUUUAGAUCAUUAUUAUGUAUAGUUUCUAUCAUACUUAUCUUUCAUUGGCAUUUCUCACUUGUAGUUCUGGGAAUUUUCUUAGAACAUUAGACAUUUUUUUAUUGGACCUUCCCAUAGGAUGAUGUGUUGGUCCAGUCCCUAUAAUUGGUCCUCUGUAUUUGGUCUAAGUAUGUACAUCUUCUUUAGAAUAGCAAUCAGAUUAUUAUCAGCAUAGAUCUGAUGGAUGAAAGGGAAUAGAAUAGUCUCAAUCAACAGACAGACUCAAGUAUUAAAAGCUUGUUCUAUUCAGCUGUCCAAUUCUGAGGGAAAAUUAUAACUAAUUGAAAAGACGGUUUCAUUUCAUUGUGAAUGGAUUACUGGAAUAAUUGUUUUAUCAGGAUAACCCUUAGGCUAUGAGAAUUAAUUUGCUUGUAUGUCAGACUAUUUUGAAGCGCUUUUCUAAUUUAUUCCCCCCCCCUCCCGAACCCAGUGUAAGUGACAGGUGAGAUGGCCUGCAGUAGAGGCACCAGCUAGAUAUACCUUCAUUACCCUGUAAUGGGUUCUAUGGUGGCAGUGGCACAGACCAAACACCACCUCUCCUAAACAGUAUAACACAGCUAUACACAGUGAGUUAGUAAAUGCAUUCUGGUAGCAACAAAGUAACACUACCAUUACCUUGUCCACCUGCUCCAGUCUGGUGGCGGUUUCUCAACAAAAAAUGGCCUUCGUUUCUAUGAUUACCAAACCAAUCUUUUCCACAAGGUUGUCGAGGCUAACGUGUGAUCAAUCCAUGUCAUCGAUGUCUAGACAUAUAUGUACAUUUCAAUAACAGUUUAUGUUCCAUACAUCCAAUUUGUAAGUCGCUCUGGAUAAGAGCAUCUGCUAAAUGAUGUAAAUGUAAAUAAAAUAGAAACACAUUAAAACACGUGGAUUCCAGAGCUCUGUACAGUGAGUAAUGUGAAGAUAAGUAGACACCAAACAGAUAGAAUAUACACUCUUAGAAGAAAGGGUUCCAAAAGGGUUCUUCAGCUGUCCCCAUAGGAGAACCCUUUUUGGUUCCAGGUACAACCCUUUUUGGUUACAUGUAGAACCCUCUGUAGAAAGGGUCAAAAAGGAUUCUUCAAAGGGUUCUCCUAUGGGGACAGCCAAAGAACCCUUUAAGGUUCUAGAUAGCACCUUUUUUUUCCUAAGAGUGUAGCUUAAUGUGUACAGUAGAGCUGAACUGAUCUCAUGUUACCUGCCAGGAGAGAGGGAAUCAAUAAUGUGACACGCUGGUGUGUUGGCGUACCUGCCAGAGAGCAGAAACCAGAGGUUAUCAGCACAGAAUAAUUUUUUCAUGCCUUUUUCAUGCCUGUGGGAGGUGUUAGCACAAGCAUCCGGUAGCUCGCUGGUCUUCUCCUUCUCCACCAUAGUAUAACACCAUAUUAGAUGUGGUUGUUUUUUGUUUCUGUUCACAGUUGUGUAGCACCAGUUUGAGCAGAUGCAGGGUUUCAUCUGACAAUGAGGAUGGAACGUUUCCUAAAAGGACCGAGGAGGAUUUAUUAGUCGAGGCAAUGAAAUGAAACGGAUUAAAGUCAGCCUGUAUUUUCUCUCAUUAUCUGAUAGAGGUAGAGGGAUAGCCAAUAUCUAUGUGCAGCAACGAACGCUGUUCUCAUUUGUGUUUAUAUCCAUUUGUGCAUUUAUUUGCAUUUGGUGCAAAUUCACUGUGUGUGUGUGUGUGUGUGUGUGUGUGUGUGGGUGUGGGUGUGGGUGUGUGGGUGUGGUGUGUGUGUGUGUGUGUGUGUGUGUGUGUGGGUGUGGGUGUGUGUGGGUGUGGGUGUGUGGGUGUGUGUGUGUGUUUUACACCAUAUAGAUAAGGAGCUAUUCCAGAGGGGGAAAGCGAUAGACCGAGGGGAGGUGGACAUUGGUACCCAGGUGAUGCAGGUCAUUCCCCCAGGUCUGUUCUGGCGUUUCCACAUCACCAUCCACCACCCAGAGUAUGUCAAGUUCAAUGUCUCCCUGGCACGGGACGCCCUCUUGGGGAUCUAUGGGCGGAGGAACAUCCCCCCUACACACACACAGGUACUGUACCUCCUACCAACCACAUACACACAAGAGCACAACACCCACUCCCAUGUAAACAGUAGGCUCUUAUGUAUUCCCACUCCUGCAUACGCAAUGACUGAAACACCCCAAUACACAUAAGUAACUAAAUACACACCUGGGUCAUCUACACACUUGCACAGAUACACACCCACACAUGCACAGAUCCACACCAACCUCCAUGCUAAUGAGUGUACCCCUCUCCCUACGCACAACUACCUUUCCUCCAUCCAUCUGUCAUCCUUCAGUCUCACUCUUCACCCACAUGGAAACCCACAAUAAAAAGCUGGACCAAGCAGAUGUUGUGCCUUUAUGUCAAGUUUGAUCACUUCACCAAUCAGUGAAUUAGCUACGGUACUGUUGGCUACGUAACAGUACUUUUGUCAAAUGCAUAAUGAGCUUCAAUGUAUGUAGUUUAUUGUUAUGGAAUGAAUGCAAUUAAGGAAAUAUCUAGUGGAACUAAUGUGAUGUCAAUAAAAUGCCUAAACUCCCCAAUCACUGCUUGUUAGCAGAUAUUAUCUAAGAUUAACAGUUCCAAUCAUUCAAGAAAUUGAGAUCUGUCGUAAUUCAAUUAAAUACUCCUUAUUUAUGGCUCAUUUGCAUACUCAUUUUGCAUAUGUAGGUGCAUGGAUACAGACAAUUCAUUAAUGCUAAUUGAAAGGUUCCUUUCAAACACAGAUGUCCUUUUUGUUCUAUAAGGAUGCUCAUAAUCAUUAUAGUAAUCACACAUAUAUCCUGCUAACUGAACAUUAGACCAUAUUAAAGUCUCAGUGGGGCGGACUAAUCCCACACAAUCAUUAGAUGUCUCUGUCAGCCAGGUCAGCUGAUUCGGCUGAUCCCAGUUCAGUUUUUCGCCCCUGCAUGCAGUCACAUAUAUGUUGCCCCGGACCAUCCCUCAUUACAUCUGCUGAUAGAAUACCCAGCAGGUCAUGGGGCUGAGCACUCAGGGUCACGGCGAGACCGCCACACAAGCGACUUAUCUGUCACAAGGCUGUUUCACCGGCCUCAGCAAACCCAGCAGGCUUCCGCAUGAUGAAUCCUAAUAGGAUGUUUUUAGUCAUUAAUCUGAGUCAGUCCCCUUGGCGGCACGCACAGUUCAGACUUUUCUUUCAAGGAGAUUUUGUCACUAUUGGCCAUUUCCGCUUCAGUGUGACAUCAUUUGCAGAUCCCCAGCUGAAAGUGAAUAAUGGAGGGGCUGGGAUCGCCUCUUCUGCCUCCUCUUCUGCUGCUUUGCAUCACUGAUGAGUUGAAAUGCAGGAGGCCGAUGGCUAUGGUGCCCCAGCGGUUCUACUGAAUUACAAACAUCGUUUUCCUUUUGUUCCGUAGGGGAACAUUUGUCUCUCAUAAGACAACCUGAGUCAUAGAGUGAUUCUGAGGCCUGGGGGCAUGUCAUUGGAGUUACGGACCUGGCCUCACCCAGCCCUGGGUUUAUUAUUUAGGACGGGUGGAGGAGUGAAGACAGACGUCCCUCUGAGCCUGGCAGGCAGAAAGGCUUUGCUGCAUGCAGUCACCAGCCGAAUGCAGUGUAAUACCAGCCCUGGCCUAUGCUUAUCUCCAAGAGCACACACAAACAUGAGUGGCACUGGUGCAGCUAAGGCACUGCGUCCCGCUCCAGGCUACUGUCAUAUCCUACUCAUCUGGUAAUCCAGCAAUGCAGCAUGGGGCCUGUCUCCUUAUUACGCUCAUUAAGGGCAAAGUCAAAAGGUGGCUCGGGAGCUUUUGCAUAUGGUUAAGUUCAAGUUCUUUUAAGAUGGAUGACAGGAUAUGAUACGUUUUGGCACAUUCCCAGAGAUAGAUAUGUGUGCUGUGAUGUUGGAGGUACCCUGAUACACCCUGUCAGUCAGGGCAUGUCAGUAUGCCCAACCAGGAACUUGUGAUGUCCCAGCUUUUUACUCCCAAACCUUGGCUACAUAUUUAAUCGGAUGUUUUCUCUUCCUCCUGCAGUUUGACUUUGUCAAGCUCCUGGACGGGAAGCAGCUGAUCAGACAGGAGGUUCAGAUGGUAGCGGAGGAUUCCAACGCGUCGCCCAGGAACCUGAUCCUAUCCUCCCUCCAGGAGACAGGCUUCAUAGAGUACAUGGACGCUGGAACCUGGUACCUGGCUUUCUACAACGACGGAAAGAAAAUGGAACAAGUUUUUGUUCUGAGCACUGCCAUCGGUAAUUGGCUCCUCGUUAUGUAAAAAGUAUAAUAGGUGCUCCACAUUGUCAGACACUAAUGAAAAUUGCAUUGCCAUGCAAUCAUGUUUGGGAGCAGUAAUGAAGUCUUAUAAUUACUGCACAUGUACAGAAAAAUACAGUGCAUGUGACAUUAUUUCCAGGAAAAAUGUGUGCGAAACAAGCUGCCAUUUUAACAUCAAAAUGGUUGAGUUAUGUUGCUCGUUGCAAGGAGCUGCAGUCUGUCAUCCUUAAUUGAUUGACCUUUUGUCAACCGUCUGUAAGCCUCUGCUGAGAGACAAGACAAUGUAUUCCUCCUAAUGCUCUCUCUGCAGCCUCUCAUGGAAAUGAUUUUGCUCUGUCUUUUAAAACGCAUUGUUGUCUGAAAGGCAGUGCAAGAAUGGUGUCAGUUUUCAUUUUCUUCAUAAUUAUGUAAAAUAUCUGAAGAGUUUCUUUCCAAACGCUAUAUCCACCAAUAUUUCACGUUUUUUUAAUCAGAAACUAUUGCUUAUGGGUACCUUCAUGUGUGUGUUUACUAUUCUCAAAUGUUUUAUUCAUCAAUUCAUCAAAACGCUAUCUAUCCAUUGUUUAGCUUGAAUAUAAUGUUUGUAUCCUGUAUAUUUGACUGUGAUAUGUGGUUCUCUCACCUAGCUAUCUUAAGAUGAAUACUUUUACUGUAAGUCGCUCUGCUAAAAUGCUUUACGUACAUAUCUCAUAUUACUUUAUUGAGUUAUAAAAUAUAAAAAUUUCUUAAAAUAUUGAUGUCACAAAUUUAUAAUUUGUACAUUUCUUUAUAAAAAGUGUAGUUAUUUGUUACGUUUGACUGUGUAAAACCUAGCAGUACUACUUACAGGGUUGUAUUUCUUUGAGAGUGAGGCGGAUAUAUAGCACUUAUAUGUAGCAUUUAUAUAUAGUAUUUAUAUAUAGCAUUUAAAGGAUAUACAUUGCAUUUGGAUUAAAUUAUUUAUUUUUCUCAUCAAUACCCCAUAAUGACAAAGCAAAAACUGUUUUUUUGAAAUGUUUGCAAAUGUAUAAAAAACAUUUUAAAAAUAAUACCUUAUUUAUGUAAGUAUUCAGACCCUUUGCUAUGAGACUCGAAAUUGAGCUCAGGUCCAUCCUGUUUCCAUUGAUCAUCUUUGAGAUGUUUCUACAACUUGAGUGGCGUCCACCUGUGGUAUAUUCAAUUGAUUGGACAUGGUUUUGAAAAGGUCCCACAGUUGACAGAGCAAAAACAAAGCCAUAAGGUCAAAGGAAUUGUCCGUAGAGCUCUGAGACAGGAUUGUGUCGAGGCACAGAUCUGGGGAAGGGUACCAAAAAAUGUCUGCAGCGUUGAAGGUCCCCAAGAACACAGUGGUCUCCAUCAUUCUUAAAUGGAAGAAGUUUGGAACAACCAAGACUCUUCCUAGAGCUGGCCGCCCGACCAAACCUGGCCGCCCGACCAAACUGAGCAAUCGGGGGAGAAGGGCCUUGGUCAGGGAGGUGACCAAGAACCCGAUGGUCACUCUGACAGAGCUCCAGAGUCCCACUGUGGAGAUGGAAGAGCCUUCCAGAAAGAUAACCAUCUCAGGGUGGCCAGACGGAAGCCACUCCUCUGUAAAAGGCACAUGACAGCCCUCUUGGAGUUUGCCAAAUGGCACCUAAAGGACUCUCAGACCAUGAGAAACAAGAUUCUCUGGUCUGAUGAAACCAAGAUUGAACUCUUUGGUCUGAAUGCCAAGGGUCACAUCUGGAGGAAACCUGGCACCAUCCCUAUGGUGAAGCAUGGUGGUGGCAGCAUCAUGCUGUGGGGAUGUUUUUCAGCGGCAGGGACUGGGAGACUAGUCAGGAUCAAGGGAAAGAUGAACAGAGCAAAGUACAGAGAGAUCCUUGAUGAAAACCUGCUCCAGAGCACUCAGGACCUCAGACUGGGGCCAAGGUUCACCUUCCAACAGGACAAUGACCCUAAGCACACAGCCAAGACAACGCAGGAGUGGCUUCGGAACAAGUCUGGACUUGAACCCGAUCGAACAUCUCUGGAGAGACCUGAAAAUAGCUGUGCACCGACGCUCCCCAUCCAACCUGACAGAGCUUGAGAGGCUCUGUAGAGAAGAAUGGGAGAAACUCCAUAAAUACAGGUGUGCCAAGCUUGUAGCGUCAUUCCGAAGAAAACUCAAGGCUGUAAUUGCUGCCAAAGGUGCUUCAACAUAGUACUGAGUAAAGGGUCUGAAUACUAAUGAAAAUGUGAUAUUUCCGUUUUUUAUUUGUAAUACAUUUGCUAAAAUAAAAAAAUUAAAAAGGUUUUUGCUUUGUCAUUAUGGGGUGUUGUGUGUAGAUUGAUGAGGGGAAAAAAACAAUUUAAUCAAUUUUAGAAUAAGGCUGUAAUGUAACAAAAUGUGGAGGGGGGUCUGAAUGCACUGUAUAGCAAAUAACUUGAUUAUUUGUCUCUCUGAAACGAAACCAUCAAGUGGUAGAUUUUAAACAAAUACAUUUCUGUCAUUGAACAACCCAUGCCAUGAUUAGAUAGUGAAAAAACACACCAAUCUCUUUCAUAAUUUCUUUAAACAGUAAAAGCUCAUUCACUAACAUUUCUGAAAAUGGAUAUAUUGCGUUUUGGAAUGAAACUCUUCCUCUGUUACCUUAUUGUCACUCAUUCAACAUGUUAGAAUAUAAUAUGUCGUCAAGUGUGGUCAAACACACAUCCUUUAGUAGGGUGCAGGGCCGAAAAAAGUUGGUAUAAAAUAAAUAGAGCCCGCACACUCAAAGCUCCACCACAUACCUUUAUUAAUAAACACAUUAUAUGUCUCAAUGGAUGCAGAAAGUAAGUAAUAGUCUUCAUUAUACCCUGAGUUUGGCACCAUUUUUAUCCUAUGUGUUUCUGUCUAGCCCAUGGGAGGUUGUGUUGUUUACCACUGUCUCUGUGUCUGUAGAAACCAUGGACGGCUGCUCCACCAACUGUAAGGGGAACGGGGAAUGUGUAGCAGGUCACUGCCACUGCUUCACUGGCUUUCUGGGACCAGACUGCUCAAAAGGUAUAUUAAAAGAGAUUGAACAUGAUCUUAAGCACUUACAAAUUCGUAGCAUAUUGUAUGAAUUGGAAUUCGUAACAUAUCAAACGAAUUGGACAAAAAAAUAAAAUAUUUGCAGGACGUAAGAUAUCUUACUGACUUUGUACACAUUUGUGCAACAUUUUCGGGGACACGUUUUGGCUUGUGAGCACUUCCUUAAAAACUACUAGUUGAAAUGAUACAAAACCUUUAUUACGCACAUGCCUAGUAUUCCAAUGAAUUCAUACACAUGUCAAUGACAUUCUUGUGCAUAAUAUAACCUCACUUGGAGUUUUCCACAUACUAUUGGGUUUUUGGUCAGAUAGAGACCAUCAUUCAUAUUUUUCUAUCUACAGUGAGGGAAAAAAGUAUUUGAUCCCCUGCUGAUUUUGUACGUUUGCCCACUGACAAAGAAAUGAUCAGUCUAUCAUUUUAAUGGAAGGAUUAUUUGAACAGUGAGAGACAGAAUAACAAAACAAAAAUCCUGAAAAAUGCAUGUAGAAAAUGUUAUAAAUUGAUUUGCAUUUUAAUGAGGGAAAUAAGUAUUUGACCCCCUCUCAAUCAGAAAGAUUUCUGGCUCCCAGGUGUCUUUUAUACAGGUAACGAGCUGAGAUUAGGAGCACACUCUUAAAGGGAGUGCUCCUAAUCUCAGUUUGUUACCUGUAUAAAAGACACCUGUCCACAGAAGCAAUCAAUCAGAUUCCAAACUCUCCACCAUGGCCAAGACCAAAGAGCUCUCCAAGGAUGUCAGGGACAAGAUUGUAGACCUACACAAGGCUGGAAUGGGCUACAAGACCAUCGCCAAGCAGCUUGGUGAGAAGGUGAUAACAGUUGGUGCGAUUAUUCGCAAAUGGAAAAACACAAAAGAACUGUCAAUCUCCCUCUGCCUGGGGCUCCUUGCAAGAUCUCACCUCGUGGAGUUGCAAUGAUCAUGAGAACGGUGAGGAAUCAGCCCAGAACUACACGGGAGGAUCUUGUCAAUGAUCUCAAGGCAGCUGGGACCAUAGUCACCAAGAAAACAAUUAGUAGCACACUACGCUGUGAAGGACUGAAAUCCUGCAGCGCUCGCAAGGUCCCCCUGCUCAAGAAAGCACAUAUACAGGCCCGUCUGAAGUUUGGCAAUGAACAUCUGAAUGAUUCAGAGGAGAACUGGGUGAAAGUGUUGUGGUCAGAUGAGACCAAAAUCGAGCUCUUUGGCAUCAACUCAACUCGCCGUGUUUGGAGGAGGAGGAAUGCUGCCUAUGACCCCAAGAACACCAUCCCCACCGUCAAACAUGGAGGUGGAAACAUUAUGCUUUGGGGGUGUUUUUCUGCUAAGGGGACAGGACAACUUCACCGCAACAAAGGGACGAUGGACGUGGCCAUGUACCGUCAAAUCUUGGGUGAGAACCUCUUUCCCUCAGCCAGGGCAUUGAAAAUGGGUCGUGGAUGGGUAUUCCAGCAUGACAAUGACCCAAAACACACGGCCAAGGCAACAAAGGAGUGGCUCAAGAAGAAGCACAUUAAGGUCCUGGAGUGGCCUAGCCAGUCUCCAGACCUUAAUCCCAUAGAAAAUCUGUGGAGGGAGCUGAAGGUUCGAGUUGCCAAACGUCAGCCUCGAAACCUUAAUGACUUGGAGAAGAUCUGCAAAGAGGAGUGGGACAAAAUCCCUCCUGAGAUGUGUGCAAACCUGGUGGUCAACUACAAGAAAUGUCUGACCUCUGUGAUUGCCAACAAGGGUUUUGCCACCAAGUAUUAAGUCAUGUUUUGCAGAGGGGUCAAAUACUUAUUUCCCUCAUUAAAAUGCAUAUCAAUUCAUAACAUUUUUGACAUGCGUUUUUCUGGAUGUUUUUGUUGUUAUUCUGUCUCUCACUGUUCAAAUAAACCUACCAUUAAAAUUAUAGACUGAUCAUGUCUUUGUCAGUGGGCAAACGUACAAAAUCAGCAGGGGAUCAAAUGCUUUUUUCCCUCACUGUACCAGUGUCAAAUUAUUCUGCAGUGAAGUGGAAUCAUUCAUAUAUUAUGGAAAAACCACAUGAUUUCAAUUUUAUUUCACAUGUGAAACCAUGUGUUUUUGGAACACUUCACAUGCAAUGAUAUUUCACAUGAUGUUCCACAUGUGGGUUUUUCACGUGAUCACAUUACCUUCCACAUGUGGAUUCACAGGUCAUGCCCUGCAAACAUAAAUGUAUCGUUAGGAUACACACACAAACAGUGCUUUUAACAUAGUGUUUUUUCAACUGAAAUAUUUGACACACUUUGACAUACAUGAUUACAUUGUGUAUGUUUAUUUAUACAGUCAUUAUUAUUCAACAUGUACUCACCUGGGAUAUGAUCUCACAACCUCUUGGUUAACAGCAUUCCGAUUUUCUUGCUACUCCACUGUCUGUGUCAAUGACUGAUUUCACCUGUAUUUCCUACACUUUUACACUUCAAAGUAAAUCUCAGCUUUGUUACAAAUACACUCAAGAAAAACUAUUAUAUUUAUCAUAGUGAUUCAGGUGUAACAUUUAAAUAGAAUAAUAUGCCCCACCAACAUUAGACAACUAUACAGAAAACGCUCAAAUUGCUGAAAUAAGUAAAUGAAAUCAUUGAUGAGAGAAUAGUCAUAUUAACUGAUAACUAAAAUAGCAGUGCAGAUGGCACUGAUGUAUUAUAGGUAAUGAAUGUCUGGGGGAAUGAUACAGACUAUGGUGCAGCAGAAAGAUCAACGUACCCCAAAUGUCACUGAUUAAAGAUGUGUUUUACUAUUUUAGCUGAACAGCAUACCACUUACUGUAAAACCCCAUAUCAUUUCAUUCCCUUACCAAAAAAACACCUUUCACAUGUCAAAUUUGCAGUUUCAUGUGUCAAAUUUGCAGUUUCAUGUGUGAAAUCACAUUUUCACGUGAAAAACGUUCACAUGUUAAAAUAAGUGCUGAGCGAUUAACCGAAAUGUCAGUUAGUUUUCGUUUUUUAAACAACUAAUUGACCAACAGCUGUUCAAUUAUUUGAAUUCCAUUUAGUUCUUCUUUUUUCUGUGAGCUCAAUGCACACAUUGCACAGUUUCUCUAGAUAUAAAUCAGAUCCAGCCUGAACUGUGUGAUGUAGUAGGGAGUUGUAGUUUCAACAGGCUAAUAUUCGACAUAGUUUAGGGCAAAAAACAUGGUAAUCUCUUUCUUUUACGCCUGCUACGUUAGGUUAGUGUGGGUCAGACACGGAGAUGGAGAAAAGAGACAGAAGACUGCGCGAUCGAGAGGGAUAGAGAGCAGUUGCUUCGCGAGUUAUCGCUACCUGAAAGUACAAGUGAUUGAUAGUUGGUAUUUAGCAGUCAUAAAAGUAUGCCUUAUACUAAAAUAGUGAUUUUGUCAGACAGCAUAGGUAGCUCUAUAGAGAUGAGAUGAUGACUUGGAAUUAAAUAAUAAAGUAAUCAAAUAAAUGUAAUGUAAUAUACACAACAACUGAAAUAUUUUAUUAAAGUAAUGUGAAUGAAUGAUGGUUAAUAAGUGAUAAGCAGUAAUGGGCAGUCACUACCAUCAGGUAGCUUAGUGGGUAAGAGCGUUGUGCCAGUAACCGAAAGGUCGCUGGUUCUAAUCCCCGAGCCGACUAGGUGAAAAAUCUGUUGAUGUACCCUUAAGCAAGGCACUUAACCCUAAUUGCUCCUGUAAGUCGCUCUGGAUAAGAGCGUCUGCUAAAUGACGUAAAUGUAAUUCUGUGUUGUUACAGCAUUCAACUUACAUAGUACAUUUAAUGUAAAAAAUAAAUAAUCAAAACCGAAGUUGAAAACUGCGAUUAUUUUUUAAUAAUCUAACCGAAACCGAACCGACCUCAAAUCAGCACUACUUAAAAUCUAUAUCUCAAAUGUGGAAUUACAUUUUCACAUGUGAAAAACUUAUCACAUUAACUUGACAUAAGAUCACUUGAAAUUCAUGUGUUUUUUCUGUAUGGGUACUGUUUUAUUAAGCCUGGUGCUUCGCAAUGGAUGCUGCCAAUAUUAUCAAUGCCAAAAGCCAUUCUGAAUGAGAGUAUUUUUAUUGUCUCUGAAAAUUAUUUACAAUCUUUGCAUUAAUUGAGGAUAGCAAGUGGUGAUUUGAGAUCCACUUUGUGGUCAAAGUGGUCUCUCUCUGCCCAGGCCGACCAGCUCAGGUCGAAAGCCUUAAUCUGACUCUGCCUAAAUCUGAGGUCAGGGAGCCACUGUAGCAAGCAUAAUGUGUCUAUUACUGUUCCCAGUGUGGAACUGGGACAUAUUAUGGAGACUAAUGGACAGGCCAGGGUCUGUAAGGUAUAGCUUCCACACUGCAACUGUACAAAAACAGACGGACAGACUGGAGGCAUGAGAGAUCAGAGAAGAUCAGAGGAGAUCAGAUCAGAGGAGAGGAGAGGAGAAUGGAGUCAUGUUCUCUCACAUACGUUUCAAGACACUGGAAAAUGGUUCACAAUGAGUGCCUAUACAGUACAUGUAGCAUAGGAAUGCAAGACAAUGUGCAAAUGCAGUAUGUUAGUGAUAUGAGUUGUGUUUAGACUACACACCAAAGGGUUAACGGCAUGUGAACAAAGAUCUCUAUUGAAUCUAUUUAUACAGCACAGUACGUUCUGCUCUGAUGUUUACUAUGUGUCUCCAUGCUUCAGCCUCUGAGGCUCUAAGCUUCUUCCUCAUUUUGUAAAUAUCAAUUUUCAUGCUAAGGCACCGAGUUGUGGAGGGGCCUUGGGAAAUAGAGGGGGGUGUUGGAGGGAGACACAGCCGCUGCAGCGCCACGCAGCAGCUACUGGAGUUUGACUCAGGUGCCACUUGAGCAAAAUUGAAGUGCUUGAGAGAUUAGGUGGAUUUCACAGGAAUAGGGUCUGAGUGGGGUUGCAUGGCCUGUGCCCAGCGGAGGGGAGAGUACUUACAGCACUAUCAUCAGGGGGAGAGGAUUAGGUGACUUCAGCUGCAUGCUUAUUAGUGAGAUAUUGGUGAUGGGUGAAACCUGGAUAUGGCUCGUGGGGACAUCGCCACUGGGGUCUCAGGGUGAGCGCUGACUAGUACCUUCAUGUGCUGGAAUGACACAAACAGCUUUAUAAUUCACAUCUUAGACAGCAACCUGUUUUGAGUUUAGGUUUUGAAUGUUAACACGUCAAAGCACUAAUGCAUACAGUACAGUAUUAGAUGUAUUUUCUUUACACCACAGUAUUUCUUAAGGCCUACUGUCUUCAUGUGCUUUCCUUGCAGACUCGUGUCCUGUCCUGUGCAGUGGGAAUGGAGAUUAUGAGAAAGGUUACUGCCAGUGUCACCCGGGCUGGAAGGGCCCAGAGUGUGACAUCCAGGAGGACCAGUGCAUCGAUCCCACCUGCUCCAACCACGGCACCUGUGUCAACGGCAUCUGCAUGUGCAGCCCAGCCUACAAGGGCAACAACUGUGAACAAGGCAAGGAUCCUGUCCUAAUAAUAAUCAUUAUCACUAUUGACACAGGCAAAGGGAUAGGAUACAGUUGCAUUUAGCCAAAGAGGUUUGGUACAUCCCAUUCCCAUAGUGCAACAGAGGCAUGCAACUGCAUUUUGUUUAAAACCAGAAAAGCCACUAGUUGUUAGUUCAGGGCUCUAACCACUAGCCUAACCAGUGUUCUGUUUGUUGUUGGGUUUUGCACAAGGACACACCAAAGUGUUUGCUAGACUGUCUGAUUAGGCCUACUAUUUAACGACAGCAACAAUAAAUCCAGUAUCCUCCUUUCACAUCAUUUUAAUUAUGGGGAGAGUUUUUGUGUGCAAAAUCAGAUUGACCCAAUAGAUUAUCCUCUACAUACACACAAACAGCCGCUCCCCGCUUUUCAUGCACGUCAUGAAGAAUGCUUAGGAUGAAACAGCCAAAUCAAUUGAUUGUCCUUAGGUAGUUGUAUCCAGUGGGGUAAUUAUUGGCUUUGUCUGAGAUAUCCGUGCUAGAGAAUAACCUUGAGCCAAUGAGCCUGUGACUAGGAUCCAGCCUGCAAGCCUUGUGGUAAUUACUGUUAACACUGCAUACAUUUUUCUUUUUUCUUUUUUGUAGCGUGCAUUAGUUGGGUGGGUGGGGUUGUUCUGAAGUGUAUCAAUAACUAAAUGGGAUCAAUUAGCUCCAGACAUGGAUUGAAGCUGUUUAUUGUUCAUUCUUUAUGAGAAUCUUGUGUAAAAGCUGCAGACGUUUCCAUGUUCUUGUUGUAGAUGGCCAUGUUUUCCUCACGGUGCGACAGGUUCUCCGUAAUAAACCAUUCACUGCUAGGACACGCUGUUCUCGCAAGGUUGCAGUGACACUGUUAGAAUAAACACCACUGAAGUACACAGACAAUGUGUUAAAUCAGCUAGGUGUGAUGGGGGUAGUUUGUGUCAGUACCUACCCAUAGAGGACAGAUGUGAUGGAGGUAGUUUGUGUCAGUACCCACCCAUAGAGGACAGAUGUGAUGGAGGUAGUUUGUGUCAGUACCUACCCAUAGAGGACAGAUGUGAUGGAGGUAGUUUGUGUCAGUACCUCUACCCAUAGAGGAAAGAUGUGAUGGAGGUAGUUUGUGUCAGUACCUCUACCCAUAGAGGAAAGGAAAUGCAGAAGCUGAGAUGAUUCAAACAAUAUACAGAUGGUCAGGGAGGGGCAUGAAAUAUUUACUCUGACACUUUUUCUCUCACCCUCUCUUUCUCACUGUCUCGCUCACUCGCUCCCUCCCUCCACCCCCCUCUCUCUCACCUCCCUGGUUCUGCAUGACCAGUGGACUGCCUGGAGCCUCAGUGUUCUGGCCAUGGUGUGUGUGUGAAGGGGGAGUGCUUGUGUUCAACGGGGUGGGGCGGCCCAGACUGCGAGAGCCCCCUGCCAGCAUGCCAGGAGCAGUGUUCAGGCCAUGGGAAAUACCUGCCAGACUCUGGCACCUGUACCUGUGAUUCCAGCUGGACUGGCUCCGACUGCUCCACCGGUGAGUACAAGAACCAUGACGUACAUACAACCUACAUACCAAAAAUAGAGAUAUAAUAAUAAUAAUAAUAUGCCAUUUAGCAGACGCUUUUAUCCAAAGCGACUUACAGUCAUGCGUGCAUACAUUUUUUGUGUAUGGGUGGUCCCGGGGAUCGAACCCACUACCUUGGCGUUUCAAGCGCCGUGCUCUACCAGCUGAGCUACAGAGGACCACAUAUACAUGUCUCUUAUCUCUAUACAAUAUGUUUUUUCCUACAUACAGACACACACACACCUUGAAUACAGUGCCUUCAGACUGUUACCUCACAUAAACCAUUACCUCACAUUCAGAGUCGGAAUGUCCACUCCCAGACACUUAGAGGGGAGCCUUUGGAGUUCAAUCACGUCCUUAACCUCUCAUAAAAGGUUUACGUGUAGUCAGGCCCACACUCUUUUCUGUCUGGCUGUGAUUUAAAUGACUAAAUUGUGUCUGCUGUACAUGACUCUAACUUUUGGUCUUACCUCUGACUGAGUAACACAGACCCUGGCCAAUGUGUUUUUCUGCUUGUAAUGAUCUGCCAGCUCCUAGCAGAAGGAGACCUUCACACACCCAGCAGCCGAUCAGACAAAUUAGCAAUCAUUUCUCUGACACGCUGCGUGUAAAUUGGACUGCGCACCAUGGCUUCCAAUUCAGCCAAAUGCACUUCUUGUUUCUUUAUCAAUACUUGCAUAUGCAUUGUUGAAUACUAAUGAUUGUUUUAAAAGUAUUCAUUUUUUAAUAUGCCUCCUCCAGGGAACAAUAAUGCCAUGGUUAGGAUUCAUCCCGAGAUAUGCUCCUUUGUACAAUUUAAAUCUGUUAUUUUUAGCAUAGGUGUUAUCUGUUCAUCAGAUUUUUGUAUUUAGGUCACCUUUCUGGCUGUUUAUACAGAACAAAUUAAAGUUUUCUUCAUUGCAUUGGAUUAACAUUCACUUCACUGCUACACUUGAAAAAGUAGAAAAUGUCUAUGCAUUUAAUUUGACUGUCUGCCUCCAGAUGAAAAAGUCUGCACUUCAUUUGACGUGGGAACUUGUUCGUAUUUAUUCAUGGUGAACGGCUGUCUCUUACUGAAAUGUUUAAUUUAUUUAUUUGAGCCAGAGGACAUUGAUAACAAGAGUUGCCACCAAUGACUGUAUGGUUCCUACUGAUAACAGACAGCGUUAACACAGUGGUUGUAGAAACAUCUCAGAGAAGCUGUUCUGACUGAGGCUGUGGGAGAUGAUGCUGGAUAUUCUUCUGUGCUGUUUGUCAUCUUUGUCUAAAAGUUGUUUUGGUUUUGUUCAGCCAGUGAUACAAAUGUAGAUCUCAUUAUAGGGUUGUGACGGUCAAUGUUUUUUGGGUGUUUUGGCAAAGCAGGAAGUAAAAUAUGUGCUAAAAUAUGUGCUGUGAUAUGUUGAUUCAACUCAACUGAUAUUACAAAAAAAUACAUUCCAUUGCAUGAGCCACAUCAGUUAACAUAAUUUGAACAUUCUACAUUACCAUAGAAAUUACUACAUCACAAUACCAGGCAUCCAUUGCGAGUGUACCCAUGAGUUUACCAGUCAAAUUGCCAGGGUAGAGGUUCCAUGCUCGUUUUAGUCAUUCAAUUUCUAUGUGUGCCAUAGCCGCGGCAAAAUGUUUUGAGUUGGGGGUGCUGACCACGGUGGGCUGGACAGCAACAUAAUAAACUAAAGCACUGAUCAUUGUGAACGAACUCAGAAUGACUGCUAAGGCUUUAUCAAUCAAUUAAAUAGGUAGCCUAGCUUACAAAACUAAAACAAUCCGUUCAAAUCAAAAGGCCUGAUUAACAUGACAUCAAAAACGCAGCCACAUCCCGAGUCCCCGGUGCCGACACAUUCAGAAAUCAAAAGAUGGUUUAGUAUUUAGUUUAAAAGCUCUGACGAAGGCCAAGAGAACAUGAAACACUUUUCAGUGAGAAAACAGAAAUCCACUUCGGGUAAAAAAAUUAAUGUAAAAUGCAUCAUAUCAGCUGUAUUUUGAAAGUUAUUUAUCUUGACAACUUGAUUGCUGACAUGGAAAAUAUUUUGGGACUAUAUCAAUGGACUAAUGGAAAAUGCCAAAAGUUCGUUUUUGGGUGGAGUUUUCCUUUAAGCUCACAAAUCAAACACAGGGCAAAAAGAAAACCACAUUUUGCGGGUGUUAUCUAAAAAGGGAACAAUUUUAGCAAUAUUAAGAAAAUGACACCCUGUUAAAAGGGAGAAAACGGUGAGCAGUCAUAUUGAUGAGAAAGACGCACCUGUUUCGGUAGCACGAGUCGCAGCUCAAAUGGUGCUUGCAGUCCUUCAUUUAGCAAAUUAGGUAGGCUACCUAAUAGCUAAAGAUGUUCUAUUAUAUUGCUCAGUGUCACGUCCGUCGUCUAAAGGAUUGGACCAAGGUGCAGCGUGGUAUGCGUACAUAGUCGUUUAUUAUAUAAACACAGACAAAAUAACAAAAUCCACCAGAACGUGACGUUCAAAAGGCUAAACAUCCAACAAGCCAAACUGAAACAAGAUCCCACAACAUAGGUAGGCAAAAUGGCUACCUAAGUAUGAUCCCCAAUCAGAGACAACGAUCGACAGCUGCCUCUGAUUGGGAACCACACCCGGCCAACAUAGAAAUACACAUUCUAGAUAAUCACAUAGAAAUUCACACCCUGACCAAACCAACUAGAGAUCUCUAUGUCAGGGCGUGACAGUACCCCACCCCCAAAGGUGCGGACUCCGGCCGCAAAACCUGACUCAUUAGGGGAGGGUCCGGGUGGGCAUUUAGCCUCGGUGGCGGCUCCGGCUCCGGGCGCGACGUCAAACUUACUGACCUCUCCUUUUCUGGCUCCCCGUUGCACGCCUGGUCCGGUCUGGACCCUGGUGUGGGAGGCCCCGACCCUGGAGAGGGGCUGACGUCUGGGCCUGGACCGGAAAUCCUCCCGUGAUGCACCAAGCCCUGUCUGGACCCUGGUGUGGGAGGCCCCGACCCUGGAGAGGGGUUGACGUCUGGUUCUGGCUCUGCAGUCCUGUCUGGACCCUGGUGUGGGAGAGUAGACGACCGGACCCGGACUCGGCACCGGUGGAGCGGACUGCUCUGGCACUGGAGUGGAGCAGCUGACCGGAGCUGUGAAGGCGCCCUGGCGGCACAGUGCGCAACGCCGGUGCAUAGCCUGGUGCCUGCACGGUCACACACUCCUCAAAGCGAGUGCGGGGAGUUGGCUCUGCUCUGCAACCUGGCUUCGCCAGCAUCUGCUCUAAGUACUGAACUCUCUGCUGCUGAAGGGUUAACUCCUCCCUCAGCUCCUCCAGUGCAUCCACUGACUCCAUCUCCCUGUGAGCCUCCUGUAGCACCUCCCUCUGAAGGGAGAUCUCCUGCUCCCUCUGAGCUAACAGCCCCCGUAAGGUGGUGGUCUCCUCUCCUCUCUGUGCUGAGCUGCAGGUCUUGGAGGGCCUCUACUAUAGCGGCCUCCUCCUCCUCCACAGUCAGCCUUUUCACGGCCUCCUGCUGCUUCGUCGACCACCCCGUGUGCCCCCCCCCCCAGGUUGCCUCUCGGGCCUCCUUCGUCGUUGUGCACUUCGGCGUCGCCGUUGAUCCUCUCCUGCCUGGGCUUCUUCCUUUGCCCAGGGUCCUUUACCGGCUAAUAUCUCCUCCCAUGUCCAAAAUGUCUUCCCCACCUGUGUCCAGGGUGUCUGCUCCUCCUGGCCACACUGCUUGGUCCGUUGGUGGUGGGAUCAUCUGUCAUGUCCGUCGUCUAAAGGAUUGGACCAAGGUGCAGCGUGGUAUGCGUCGUUUAUUAUAUAAACACAGACGAAUAACAAAAUCCACCAGAACGUGAAGUUCAAAAGGCUAAACCUCCAACAAGCCAAACUGAAACAAGAUCCCACAACAUAGGUAGGCAAAAUGGCUACCUAAGUAUGAUCCCCAAUCAGAGACAACGAUCGACAGCUGCCUCUGAUUGGGAACCACACCCGGCCAACAUAGAAAUACACAUUCUAGAUAAUCACAUAGAAAUUCACACCCUGACCAAACCAACUAGAGAUCUCUAUGUCAGGGCGUGACACUCAGCUCAGUUUCUGAUUAAUAAACAAUAACAUUCAAGUAAAACCCAGCCCUGAAACGAAAAUAAUUUACACAUCAUUUCAUAGGAAAAAACACGUCAUUGGCACAAAGCAGGCAGUUCGGUUUUGUCACUUCAACCCCAAAUAUAUCAUACUUUGACUUAAACGGUGACUUAUUGCCCGACCAUCCCGUCUUCAGUCAGCUGUUCGUUCCACACCAUUAAAAAAUAUAGAUUCUUAUUUUUAACGGUUAUGACUGUUAUUUUAUUUUCAUGACGGUCUUCAUCCAUAACCGUCGGUUACACGGUUAUACGGUACUUGUGCCAGCCUAACUCAUGUAGCAGCCAGAUCACGAAGGAGAUCAGGUUCCUCAGUAGCCCAGGGACAGGUUUACAGAUUAGCUGCCUUCUGCUAGCUGCCACACAACAACACACUAAUACACCCUACUGCUGGUGUUACCAAUUAUGAUAUACAGUGAGGGAAAAAAGUAUUUGAUCCCCUGCUGAUUUUGUACGUUUGCCCACUGACAAAGAAAUUAUCAGUCUAUAAUUUUAAUGUUAGGUUUAUUUGAACAGUGAGAGACAGAAUAACAACGAAAAAAAUCCAGAAAAACGCAUGUCAAAAAUGUUAUAAAUUGAUUUGCAUUUUAAUGAGGGAAAUAAGUAUUUCACCCCCUCUCAAUCAGAAAGAUUUCUGGCUCCGAGGUGUCUUUUAUACAGGUAACGAGCUGAGAUUAGGAGCACACUCUUAAAGGGAGUGCUCCUAAUCUCAGCUCGUUACCUGUAUAAAAGACACCUGUCCACAGAAACAAUCAAUCAAUCAGAUUCCAAAUUCUCCACCAUGGCCAAGACCAAAGAGCUCUCCAAGGAUGUCAGGGACAAGAUUGUAGACCUACACAAGGCUGGAAUGGGCUACAAGACCAUCGCCAAGCAGCUUGGUGAGAAGGUGACAACAGUUGGUGCGAUUAUUCGCAUAUGGAAGAAAUACAAAAUAACUGUCAAUCUCCCUCUGCCUGGGGCUCCAUGCAAGACCUCACCUCGUGGAGUUGCGAUGAUCAUGAGAACGGUGAUGAAUCAGCCCAGAACUACACGGGAGGAUCUUGUCAAUGAUCUCAAGGCAGCUGGGACCAUAGUCACCAAGAAAACAAUUGGUAACACACUACGCCGUGAAGGACUGAAAUCCUGCAGCGCCCGCAAGGUCCCCCUGCUCAAGAAAGCACAUAUACAUGCCCAUCUGAAGUUUGCCAAUGAACAUCUGAAUGAUUCAGAGGAGAACUCGGUGAAAGUGUUGUGGUCGAUGAAACCAAAAUGGAGCUCUUUGGCAUCAACUCAACUUGCCGUGUUUGGAGGAGGAGGAAUGCUGCCUAUGACCCCAAGAACACCAUCCCCACCGUCAAACAUGGAGGUGGAAACAUUAUGCUUUGGGGGUGUUUUUCUGCUAAGAGGACAGGACAACUUCACCGCAUCAAAGGGACGAUGGACAGGGCCAGGUACCAUCAAAUCUUGGGUGAGAACCUCCUUCCCUCAGCCAGGGCAUUGAAAAUGGGUCGUGGAUGGGUAUUCCAGCAUGACAAUGACCCAAAACAAGCGGUCAAGGCAACAAAGGAGUGGCUCAAGAAGAAGCACAUUAAGGUCCUGGAGUGGCCUAGCCAGUCUCCAGACCUUAAUCCCAUAGAAAAUCUGUGGAGGGAGCUGAAGGUUCGAGUUGCCAAACGUCAGCCUCGAAACCUUAAUGACUUGGAGAAGAUCUGCAAAGAGGAGUGGGACAAAAUCCCUCCUGAGAUGUGUGCAAACCUGGUGGCCAACUACAAGAAACAUCUGACCUCUGUGAUUGCCUACAAGGGUUUUGCCACCAAGUACUAAGUCAUGUUUUGCAGAGGGGUCAAAUACUUAUUUCCCUCUUUAAAAUGCAAAAUCAUUUUAUAACAUUUUUGACAUGCGUUUUUCUGGAUUUUUUUGUUGUUAUUCUGUCUCUCACUGUUCAAAUAAACCUACCAUUAAAAUUAUAGACUGAUCAUUUCUUUGUCAGUGGGCAAACAUACAAAAUCAGCAGGGGAUCAAAUACUUUUUUCCCUCACUGUAUAUAUGGAGAAGAAUGGGAACACAGUGUCAAUAAAAUAUUAUGGAAGCCUCCACCCUUUAGAUUAUAGUCUGCCUGUCAUAUCAAUUUCUGCUCAUCUUCAUAUUAUUAAUGCUUCUGUUCCUAGAGUCAAGUAGUGCUACAUGCCAAGCCUGUAUUUAGGUUGGGUGAAACCCUGAGAGGUGGGCUGCAUAUUAAGACAUUCCUCAAAAGGAAAAGUAAUCCCUCUUUCUUCAUUACUUUUCCUAUCAAUUAUGUUUUCAGUGAUGGCCAAAAGGCAAAACAGCACGUGUGGAGGUUAUUUAGCUUUCCAAUGAAUUGAAUCUUGGAGCAGUGUGGUGCUUCGGUUUCCAUAACCAUGAAAGAAUUGUGCAUUCACUCAACCCACACUUUUUUUCUAGCCUUCCAAAGCAAAGUUCAGUUUUUCGAUCCAAAAGUGAAAAUUGAUUUUGUGUUCAGUCAAGUGAAUGCAGAAUUACUUGUAAUGUUGACUGUGUGUGACUGUACUGACUAUAUCAUUACAAUGGAGUAAACCUACUGUAACCUGACUGUAACACAGUGAAGUAGUCUAUAUGUAUCAAUGUGUUGUUUGUGAUUUUCUGAAACAUAGAAAUUCAAGCACAUCGAGGAUAAUGGCAACAUUCAACCGUUACUAUAAAAUUGUGUUAGACGGCAAACAUGUUGAAUUCCAUUGUAAGCAGUUGCAGAGAAAAAAUGAAUAGAAAUGUCAUAUACUUAAUGGUAGAAAAAUCGAGAUUAAUAAAAUGCAAAUGAAGUGGUUAUGGCAUGAUUAAAUAUGAUGGAUAUUUAAAUGAGAAUGCCUUUUUCAUGUGUGGGGAUAAGUGGCCUUUCAGCGCCCGCAGCUCUUUCUUCUCUCUGCUGAUUGGCUACUUGCUGAUAGGAUGUACUCUCCGUAUUCCACAGAAAUUAUUCAUUGAAUAUCAUUAAACCUCUAAAACUUUAAGCAUUGAAUGUAUUAUAACUGCACCUGCAGCACUCGACAGAGUUAGAAAGUAUUGCCUGUUCUGUAUUAUAACAAACAAUUUUCUAUUCAAAAUUCAAGUUUCAUGUCAUGAGUAGGUAGAGUUAAGAAUAAGAAUGGGGUUUUAUAAUAUAACAACAUAUAAUAUUCCUUUUUAAAAUAUUCAUUUUUUGAGUUCUAUUAGAUGAACUUGCAAGACUUGCAAGACAAGAUUAGAGUCUAGGAUCCUGAAUUAAUUCAUCGGAAAUGAUCACAAGUAUUUUGGGAGCAAUAAUGCAGCUGGCCUUUGACAUGUCCAUCUGGCCUGUGUAGAGGUGUACUGUCUGUUGCCCAGUGCAGUAAGACCCCUGCCUGUCUCUCUCUCUGUCCGUGUGCAGAGGUGUGUCCGGUGCCCUGCAGUGCCCACAGUGUGUGUGUGGGAGGGAAGUGCCAGUGUGAGGAGGGCUGGGAGGGGCCAGGCUGUGACCUGCAGGCCUGCCACCCCCGCUGCAAGGAGCAUGGCCAGUGUAAGAACGGACAGUGUGAGUGCCACCCCGGCUGGGAGGGAGAACACUGCAGCAUCGGUGAGUCCCGCCCCCCUGAGGACCAACACUACCACAGGAGGUUAAUACACAGAGCGUGUAAUGUGACUCUAGUAGCUAUUGCUCUGUUUAGAAACCUAGGGGCUGAUUUACUUUACCAAGACUUGAUGGUGUUUUAGCAUGUCUUAAACUGUGAUCACGCUUUACUAAUGUACUAAUGAAAGAUGUGUGAACCACUGAUUUUUGCAGAUACACAUCAAUGAAUAUGUACUCCAUUUGAGUGCAUAUUUUCUAUCACCACACAUUGUAAAUACUGUAGCAGUUUAGCAGACCAUUAGCUAUCCCAGUGAAUCAUCCAUCUGCUGUAUAAUUUAGACACACAGUUGUCAGAUGGAACACAGUCAUUCUUGCCCGGUUAUUCAAUUCAUCUGCUAGAAGAAAACAGGUACCAAACCUUGCUAGGCAUUUAGAGGGAGCGAGGCGGGGUGUUUAGGAGGGUAAUAUGUUACCAUGUGUCUUAGAGCCACUGGCUGGGGUUCAAUGAUGUCAGUGCCCUGCCUGUCUGUUAUACAAUUUAUCCACUUCGUUGCUGUUAUUUGAGAAUGAAAACUCAGAGUAACAAUGAAACUGUUGGUUGUGCCAGGCGCAUUUUCCAUCAGCCAUGGCCUCUUCCCUAGAGUGGAGGCAUUUUUAUUUUCUUGCAACUGAAUAAUUUGCUCCCCAAGUUCGAAAGCACUCAAUUAAUGUGAGUACACCUUGAUAGAACACUGAAGUUUGUCAUCUGGGACUCAUGGAAUUGGGUACUGCCAAGUGACUGAAAAGCACAUUUUAUAAAAGAACCGGAAGAUAUUUUUUCACUUCAGAAAUGCAAGAAAACAAUCCUGUGAAAUCGUUUCACUUGCCUUUAGAGAUGUGGAAUUGGAGAUGGGCUCUGUGUCUCUGUGGAUGUGUGAAUCAAAUCAUAAAGCUUAGCUCCUGGCACGUUAAUAGGCUGUAAUUAUCUCUUCAUGUGCCUUGGUGCUAGCAUAUUUUCUCUGAGGCUCAGAAAUCUAAUCUCACACACUUUUUUCUUUCUUCCUUUUAUCUUCAUGUGGUAUAUAGCACAUUACCUGGAUCUCGUUGUUAAAGGUAAGAUGCCCUCUCAUUCUUUAGGAUGGAAUUGUUUCAAAGCAUCAGGGGUUUUUGAAUGGUAUUCCUACUACCAAAGCACAUUCAUUGAGAUGUUAAUUAAUUCUGAGGAGAAAGUAUGAUGCCCAAACCAAUGGCAGAUCAUUCACCAUAUUCAAUUUAAUGUGAGAUGGAAUAUAACAAAAUAUGUAACAAAUGUUUUGGAAUGGCCAGACAUCUGGAUUUUAUGUAAAUGAAAAGCGUAGCAGCAUCUGUCCCCAUCUCCUUAAUCAUGAGGCAUGACUGGCAGUGUUCUGAUGAACAGACUGUCUGUCUUCUCUCUCUCUCUCUCUCUCUCUCUCUCUCUCUCUCUCUCUCUCUCUCUCUCUCUCUCUCUCUCUCUCUCUCUCUCUCUCUCUCUCUCUCUCUCCGUCUCUCUCUCUCUCUCUCUCUCUCUCUCUCUCUCUCUCUCUCUUCUCUCUCUCUCUCUCUCUCUCUCUCUCUCUCUCUCCAUCCAUCCAUCCAUCCAUCCAUCCAUCCAUCCAUCCAUCCAUCCAGACGGCUGUCCAGGCCUGUGCAAUGGCCACGGUCGCUGCACCCUGGAACAGAGCGGGUGGCACUGUGUGUGCCAGGCGAGCUGGAGCGGCAUGGGAUGCAACGUCGUCAUGGAGACCGAGUGUGAUGACAACGCCGACAACGACGGAGGUAAGGUCCCUGUGGAGGGUGGCCUGUCUGUGGCUCAAUAAUGAUUAAUGACUUGACCUCCUUCGCCGGUGAAGGUCAGGAGGAGGAAAUAUUUAGGACUCCUCUUCUCCAUCCCGACAUCUGAGCCAACAAGCCUUUCCCGCUCGCUUCAUUUUCCGUUUGUUAAAUCUCACCACCGUAGUCGACAUCGCUCACUACAGUAGUCGACAUCGCUCACUACAGUAGUCGACAUGGCUCUCAGACCAAGGAGACCUCUAGGUUUUCUCUCAGUGAUUUGCUGAUGGUAUGCUGCCUGCUGCUUGGCUCCUCUAAAGCAUUAAUGCUUGAGUGUAGAGCCCCUGGUGUUCCAGUGAACAAGGAACCAGAUAUGAGGCUUUGGAGCUCAGGUUCAAGGCCCAUGUCUUUGAGGGGAACAUGUAAAAGAUGGAGAAAGAUACCCAACAGUGGAGGCCAUUUGUGCAAGAAAGGGUAACCAAUUGUGCACUGACUUACAUCACGUUUUUGAUGUUUCAAAGUUUAAAAAGUUUACAAUGAUGUAAUAUGAAGUGUAAUACAUGUAAUGUAUGAAAAUGUAUGCACUCACUAACUGUAAGUCGCUCUGGAUAAGAGCGUCUGCUAAAUUACUAAAAUGUAAAAAUGUAAAUGUAAUGUAAUGUAGUAGUUACUGUAGUUUAGUAUGAUACAUUAACUAUCAUACUUCUGUAUGAGCACCAUGUCUCAUCUAGUGCAUGAGUUAGCUUCUUAUGUAAAUGUAUAUUUUUAUAUGAGGUGUAAAUUGGCUACAUUAGACUGCAUUUAUUUCCUUUGUGUGGCAAAGGAGAUAAAAACAUAAUACUGUGUACUGUACAGUCAAGCUACCAUCUGGAAAAAGGUUUGGUUUGGAAUGUUCCGUGAUCUCCUUUACCUAAAAAAAAAAGUUAUGUUUACGAUAAUGCAAUAUGAGGUGUAAUAUGAAGAAAUUAAGAGUAAUUAUGAAUACUGUACAUUCAUUUAAAGUGACAGUCUACAAAAUGUGUGAGCACUAUGUCUCAUCCAAUUCCACUACAUGAGUCAGAUGUUUAAAGGUGCAAUAUGCAUUACCUGGUUGCUAAAAUUCUAAUAGUUUGCCUAAUAUCAGUUUAUGUAACAAAACAGAGAAUCAUUUUACCAGCUAAACCGCUGUGAAAUAUAUUUUCAUUAACCAAAAAUAUUGUAUUUUGAGCUGUUUGAAGCUGGUGUACAAAACCGAAAGUAAUAGAGCAAAAACUAAACUUAAGAACGGGAAGCAUAGAAAUAGCGCACAUGGAAUAGACUUGCUUUCAAUGAGAAUGACAGAUCUAUAACUCACAUUUCUAUGUGAAUUUGGUCAGGUCGCCCAAAAAGUUACAUAUUGCAGCUUUAAUUCAAAUGUACUUCUUUAUAUAAGGUGCUAAUUGGCUACAUUCGACAGUGUUUAGUUCCUUUGUAUGUGCAGACAGAAGUGGUAGAGAAGGUAGGAGCAUAAUAUUGUGUACAGUCUGUUAGUCUAGCCAGUGUCUGGAAACAGGGAGAUGUGUUUGGAGCGUGAACUCUUUACCUCACCAACUCCUCAUGUUUUCUCAGCUCUGGCUGGUAGCACUUAAAAGAAACCCCAUUAUCUCUUACCUUCAGAGUUCUUAAUCAGGUUCUUUAUCCCAGUAAGCCUCUAGAUAGAAGCAUGCCAGCUUCUUCACUUUUACAAGUCUUCCUUCUUUGAUAAUUUUCACAGUUGCUCUAGCCGUGUUAGUGUGAUAAGGCAAAUAGUGCAGCGUGAUGUUAAUGUAUCUUUAUUUGUUUGUAGAUCAUAAAUCAUGCACUGUAUUUUCUUUCCUAACCCAAUACAAUAGAAAACAAAUUCACAAUUCAGCUCAGUAAUGUGCCGGCAGCCUGGGCAGUAAACCUUCACUGUAUUAUUCUACAACCUAAUUUAGUUUACACACGGCAGCUAUGUCUCUCCCUUCAAAGAUGUGACAACGCAUUGUGUGUGAGUUCUUAUGACUGAUGGGAAUCUUGGAUGAUGUACAGGCCUGCCUUUAAUGUAGAGGGAAAUUGUACGAGGCUCAAAUUAGCCAGACACUCCAACAAAGGAGAGGAGGAAAUAAUCACCCCAUGCCAAUUACUUCCCCAAGCCAAUAUAUAUACGUCAGAAUCCCAGAACACAUUCCUAUUUUCAUCUCAUCUGAACUCCAUUAGAAAUGCCAUUUAUAUUCCAAAUGAGGCCUCGUCAAAGGCAUUGGUUGGAAAAACUAAAUGGCAAAUGAUCACCUGGAAAAGAGCAGCGAUUAAGAGAAAAUAUAAUUACUUUUCCAACCAGCUGUAAAUGAGUUGCUAUAACCACAAAUGACCAUCCAGCCGUCAUUAUGAACACGGUGGCUGUGCACUGCUGAUGCACAGUGCUUUGUUUUACUUUUGCAGCUGUGUAUUAAUUAUACAACAUUAGUUCAGGAACAUGGAUAGCAAUUCUCCCCAAAAUAAAAAUGGUCUUCAUUAUUUUAUUGCAUUGUUUGUUUGUUGAUUAUGUAAAUAAGGUGGCAAUGGCAGGUACAGUAGAGCUGUCAUUGUUCUCAGAUACAGUAUUGUAGUGAGAUGUUCUAUACAGUAUUGUAGUGAGAUGUUCUAUACAGUAUUGUAGUGAGAUGUUCUAUACAGUAUUGUAGUGAGAUGUUCUAUACAGUAUUGUAGUGAGAUGUUCUAUACAGUAUUGUAGUGAGAUGUUCUAUACAGUAUUGUAGUGAGAUGUUCUAUACAGUAUUGUAACCAGCAAAAUGAAUACAUUGUGGUUAUGACCGAUGCAGUUAGAGUCAGCCCUGCCAACCAGCUAAUAGCUGGGCACAAUGCCUCCCUUACUUUGGCAGUCCAGCGCUGAAUGGGGAUGUUAUGGCUCUUGGCCCAGUAGUUAUGCUGUUGUGUUGGUCAGUCGUUUACUGAAUACAUUUUCUUUGGCACAUACUGUAUAUAACUUAUUAUUUUCUGUUAGCGUACCUAAAAUGUUAUUCUGAAUUAAUUCCACAUUGCACAUAUUUGCCAUCUGUGGUAUGUAACCAUACUUUUAAAACGUGUUAUGAGAAAGCGUUGCGGAAGGUGUGUACAAAAGACCAAGAGACAUUAUUCUGCUUUUAAUUACCAAUGUACUUUUGCUGUUGUGUGGCAUUCAAUGCCAGCAAUGUGAUGAAUGUCAACAUUCACUUAAGCACUAUUGAAACUGUCUGUCUGAGAGUAGUCUAUGGAUUUAAUGGACCCAACGUGCUACCGUUGCUCAGACCCACACAUAUUAGACAUUGAAGAGAACAUCGUUAAGAAGGUACUGUACUGCAAUUAUAGAGCAGCAAGUAAGUACAGUAUUAAGACUGUAUAAAUCAGAGGGGCAUUUUGCUCCUUGUCAGGUAUGAACUAUAUAUAUUGUUAUUCAUCAGCUUCUCCACAUUUUUCAAGUUUAAAUCAUCACAGCUAAGCCAUGUCUAACUGAUCUUCAUUACUGUGUGUUAAAGGCGCAAUAGGGUGGGGUGGAUGUACUUCCACUUAGGAGAAACAUUAUCCAUUUAUUCUAUACAUUUGGAAAUUUGAGAGAUUUCACAAGGUCCUCUGUGCUUUGAAUGUUAUUUAUCUCUUCUACCUGUAUAACAUUGGGAGCCUGAGAUACUGUACAGUGUAGACUUAGCUGUGAUGAUGUUGUGUUAUUGUGUUGGUGUAGAUGGCCUGACGGACUGUGUGGACCCGGACUGCUGCCAGCAGCCUAGCUGUCACAGUGGGCCUCUGUGCCAGGGCUCCCCGGACCCCCUGGACCUAAUUCAGCAGAGCCAGACCCCCUACGCCUCGCUCCUCUCACGCCUCUUCUACGACCGCGUACGCUUCCUGAUUGGAAAGGACAGCACCCAUGUCUUCCCUGGAGACAUCCCAUUCGACAGCAGGUAGAAUAGAUAAUAUAGCGGAUACAAUUUACCUCUGGUACCGCAGGAAUAGCUUGUUAUAUACUGUAGAGUUAUAAUUGCCACUGAAGUACAGAUCCCUUUAUACACAGCUAUUUGUAGGCUACCUCAGUACUCUGUAUGGAUAUAGCGCAUUUGCCUUUGUCAACUGAACUGGAAAACACUGUAACUUGUUAUAGUAUGAUUAAAAUACCCAGUGAACUAAAACCUUGCUCUCUCCUAGCCGAGCCUCAGUGAUCCGGGGGCAGGUGGUGGCACUAGAUGGGACCCCACUGGUGGGGGUGAACAUCAGCUUCCAGCAGUACCCUGCAUUUGGCUUCUCUGUCAGUCGCCAGGAUGGCAGGUAGGUAGACAGUGGUCUGGUAUUGUAUUGUGGAUACUAGAGUAAAUUGGCUUAAUAUGAUGCUUUGCCACUGCUGAUUGUGUGUUUGUGUGGAUUCUGUUCCUGUAGUUUUGACCUGGUGGCUGCAGGGGGCAUCUCAGUCUCCCUGAUUUUCCAGAGGGCUCCCUUCCUCAUGCAGAAACGCACCGUCUGGUUACCAUGGAACCAGUUUGUGGUUGUAGAGAAGGUCACCAUGGCGAGGGUGGAGUCUCGCCCCCCUGUGUGUGACCUGAAGAACCUGGUCAGUCCGUACCCCAUCGUCCUCCCCUCCCCUCUCAUCCGCUUCGCCAGCACCUGUGAGGAGCGAGGCCCAGCCAUCCCUGAGCUGCAGGUACAGUAGAUGGCCCACUCACCAGUCAGUAAAUACAUCAUAUAUACAGUCCCAGGGGUGCUCACUCAGCUUUCAAUUACCACCUAUACUAAACCAUUUCCAUAAUGCAUACAUCUCUACUCACAAUAUCAUUUUAUGAUGACUUCCAGGUGUACAUAAAAAAUUGCUGCAUUUUUCUUUAUUCUGGAUCCUGUCUAAUUUUCACCUGGCUCAUAUUGUACCUGUGAAAUCAUCUUAGAAUCUCACACUAAUCAGUUGCCGGGGCGAUUUAUUCCCAGAGCUGCCAUCUGCUCGCUAUCUUCUACCUCGAUCCCACUGAUAUUCCUACCUCAGCUUUGGAACUGUGUUUUGCAGAUUGUAGACGUCCUAGUUUGUUGUGGGAGAUAAUGAAACUGAUAGUGAUUUUAAUGAGGACCCAGUUCAGAGUGAUUGAAGCUGUGAGCAAUGAAGGGUGGGAGUGGCGGUUAGAUCAUCAGCAGUAAUUAAAAUGUCCUCCUGUACACUGCUAAUGAUAUAGAAUAUAGAUGUAAUUUAGUAUUCCAGGGGCAUCGUGUAUGCAGAAUAAAGUUCCAAAAGUGUAAAAAGUAUAGUGUUAUUUUGAUUUGAUUUUAAGAAAGUGAUAUAUAGUACUUGCUAGUAUAUCUUGGAGCGAGUACAAACACCAGGUGAUCAAAGAUACUUUACUGAAAAACUUGAAAGAUGUUUCUAUACGUAGUUUGUAUCCUCUGGCUUGUGAAGCCUUUCCAACUGCUGGUAACCAAUAGCACAUAAUAACAGCAGCCAAAAUCCUUUCUCCUCCUCCUCAGGCUGUCCAAGAGGAGAUCACCAUCCCUGGCAGUUUCUUAAAGCUCAGCUACCUGAGCACUCGCUCCCCUGGCUACAAGUCUCUGUUCCGCAUCAUCUUAACCCACUCCAUCAUCCCCACUGGCCUGGCUAAGGUGCACGUGUCCACCGCCAUCGAGGGACGACUCUUUCAGAAGUGGUUCCCUGCCGCCCCCAACCUGGUCUACGUCCUGGCCUGGAACAAGACUGAUGUCUAUGGGCAGAAAGUGGUGGGCCUGGCCCAAGCUCUGGGUAAGAUCAUAUGGAGCAUUUGAAUCAUGUCUUGUCAAGUACAUUCAGAUUCCCUGUAGAACAAAUAUAAUGUGCUGUAUUUCACUCCUUUGACAAUUUUCACCCAAGGGAUGAAAGCAAGCAACAUGCUCCAUGGGUAACUGUAGCUAAUGGCAAAUAAAAAUCUCUAAAGACAGUAUUACAUUCAGCAGUGUAACAGCAGAACAGCAUGUUACUUCUGUUCUACUUUAUUUUUAGAUAAUACAAUCAAACAGAGCUCUAAAGACAUUGUCAGUGGGUUAAUGGUCAGUAGUAUGAAAGACUGAGAGAUUUUUCAAGGGCCACAUAUAAGCUUUUUUUAUCAGUGGUUGAUUUAGUGUGCUGGCUGCCUUUUGGGAACUACAGCUCUGAUGCAUUGUUGCAAUUUGUCUUAAUGGAGGGAGUGUUACAAAUCUAACUGGAACAGAAAGCAGGGGCCACUCUUAUCUCUUUCACACACUGUGAGGAUGUCUCUCUUGAUUGCUCUCCAUGCCUUGCAUUACUGUCAGAUAGCAGAGUGUUUCUUGAUUGCCUGGCUGGUGUGCAUGUGUUGGAAUCCUUUCUCACUGACUACACAGUUUAAUCUGUGUGUAUUCAGCUCCUUGAUGGUGGAUAUGAGGCACUGUGGUUAAUAGUCUGUGAUAUAAAUAGGAAGUCCUGGAGAUGUUACGGCCCGUUUAUCUAUAAAUAACAUCGAACACAUGGCACAAUUAGAAACGACAUCCAAACUAAAUUGAAAUUCAAAACACAUUUUGUUAUGGUGCAAACAUAUUUUCAUCCACACUAAAUAAACCAGAGGAAGAGAUAAGGAGAUGAAGAAAGGCUCUAAUUUAUUCAUUUAUCUUUAUGUACCAGUGGGAAUUGAGCUCAACCUCAAACCUCUCCUCCUUACUCACCCUCUCUCUCUCCGUUGCCGAUAGUAACAGGCUGAUCUAUCAUGGUGACACAAGCAGGAGCCUGUAGCUACUCUGUGUGUAACUGACUAUGUCCUGCUUGUUGUGUGUGUGUGUGUGUGUGUGUGUGUGUGUGUGUGUGUGUGUGUGUGUGUGUGUUUGCGUGUGCUUCCUUCGCAUGUGUUUGUGUGGGUGUAUGUGUGCGUGUGGGUGGGUGGGUGAGAGAGGAAGAGAGAGACGUUGAGACAGAGCAAGAGAAUUGUGUGAGCGUGCACACAUACUGGUGGAUGCAGCAGAGAAUGACGGUAUCAGUGAUGCAUUAAAAAGGCUCGGGAGAAUCGCAGACUGUUAGCACAUACCCAGGCUGCGCUAUAACCACAAUGCUGCAUCGUUCCAGCCUCUGCCUGGACCACUGCAACUCUAGACUCACUGCAAUGUUACACUGUGUAGGAGCUAGUCGCACCAUCACAAAAGCGUUAGGGGUUGUUGUUUUCCAGGUGUGUCUCAUUGUAAUUGCAAUAACAACAGGGUAAUGAAUGCAUGACAAUUGGUGGCGUCACAUUAACAGCCAGUGGUCUCUUGUGUUCCAGUCUCUGUAGGCUAUGAGUAUGAGUCAUGUGCUGACUACAUUGUGUGGGAGAGAAGGAUGGCUCAGCUGCAGGGCUUUGAGAUGAUUGCCUCCAACCUGGGGGGCUGGUCCCUGGACAAGCACCACAUCCUUAACCUCCAAAGCGGUGAGGGCUCUGCCUGUUCCUCUGUGUCCCACUUCCAUUCAACAGUACUGUACCCUCAGCCCACCUGACCUGACACUAUUUCAUACCUGGUUAUCCAGUAGGAAUAUUGUGAAGACAUUCUUGCCAAACUAUCAUUGUUUUAACUUCCGUUUCAAAUGACUUGAUAUAGACAGACAGACCUACAUAGAAUUAUUACUGUAUUGUAUCAGAGAGUUCUGUUCUAUAUUGCUAUAUUGCGUCAGUUUUAGAUAAGCUUUUGAGAGAGCCAGUUUUAUGCAUCCCUCUUGGCCUUGUUGAACUUUGAAGAUUCUAGGAAGGACUAGUCAUUCCUCUGGAUUUAAUUGUAAUUGCUAGUUGUCCUUCAACUCCAGGUGUUCUACACAAAGGGAAUGGAGAGAACAUCUUCAUCUCCCAGCAACCGCCAGUCAUCUACACAGUGAUGGGUACGGGCUACUUGCGCACUAUCCCCUGCCCCAACUGUAACGGCCCUGCCCUGGGUAGCAAGCUCUACGCUCCUGUCGCUAUCACCUGUGGCUCCGACGGCAGCAUCUACGUUGGCGACUUCAACUUCAUCAGAAGGAUUCUGCCCAAUGGAUUUGUCAUCAGCAUUUUAGAAUUGAGGUGACACUCCAGACCAAUAGUUAAAGAUGCUUUUCAGUGUUUUUCUGUGAUUAUGUAUUUGUACAUUAUCUCAAACACUAUUUGAGGUUGACGCAUUCAAAAUAUAUACUAUAAUGAAAGUUGUUGUGGUGCUUGUUGCCAAGCUAUAUUGCUAUUUCUGCUGUUGUUAUUGUUACAUUUUUAACGUGAAAUGGAAAAAGAUGGGAAAAUAAGUCAUCUAUUGUGUACACAGCACAUCAACAAACUGAACUGAGAAGUUUAAUUGAAAUGCUUUCAUAAGUAUAAUCAUGGAUCGAAGAGAAGAUAUUUCUCCAAGGAUAAGAACUAAUACGCUUUCUCUCUCUUUAAUACAACGCUGCUAGGAAUCGAGAUAUCAGGCACAGGUACGUUUUCAAUACUGUACUCAGUCACACUCAGAACAUAAUGUAUUUUCCUGAAAACAGUUUUUUAUGACACUGCUGCAUGAAAAGAGCGGUUCUUCAGUUGCAAACCGCCAGCCUACCUUUCAUGGAUGAUGUUCUUAUUUGGUUACAUAAUACAGGAUUUGAAAUGAGGAGACAUUCAGUCAAUAUGGAAGUGUAUUGACCUGGAUUUAAAGUAGGUCUGUUCAAUGUUGUUCCUGGAGGGCCGAAAUACUUAUUGUUUUCAUCCUCUCCUUCUAAUAAGGGACUAAUUCAGACCUGGAACACCAGGUGAGUGCAAUUAACUACCAGGUAGAAACAAAAAACAGAAGUGUUUUGGCCCUCCAGGACUGGAAUUGAACAGCCCUGAUUUAAAGGUAGCAAGGAUUAGAAAUGGGCUAUCUUCGGAGAGAAAUCCAGACGCAGCGAGGUCUUUAAAGGGUGCCUCUUAUCAUAGACAAGCCCCAGCCUUUCAUGUGUGUUUAGAUGGUUGAGCGCCCCGCUGAAAAGGCCAGUGUAACACUGUUGUGUUGGGAUAGGCUUCUCAUACUCUCUCCCCCAAACGAACAGGCUCUCAUCUCUCCCAGAGAUAUGAUUCAUCUUUUCAUGCAGCUGUCAUGUUCGCAAUUGAUUCUUUCUCAAUCAAAGUCUGUAAAAAAAACUAACUGAACUAGCUUUGCUUUUUCCCUGCAUGUAUGGCAUGGCACACCCAACUAAAGCCUGAGAUUAGUAAUUUUCCUCUGCGAAUAGCCUAAUGUUUACAGAGAGUGUUUCCUGGUGAUUGUAGUAGAUGUCAUCGUUCACUGGGAGGCAUGCCAUCACACAUACAGUAGCUCUUAGACUCUCUGUCAGGGCUCUCAUUACACAGGCACUUAGGUUGCCUCCAUCAUUUUCAGUGGUGGAAAAAGUACUAAAUUAUUAUACUUGAGUAAAAGUAAAGAUACCUUAAUAGAAAAUGACUCAAGUAAAAGUGAAAGUCCCCCAGUAAAAUACUACUUGAGUAAAAGUCUAAAAGUAUCUGAUUUUAAAUGUACUUAGGUACAGUGGUGGAAAAAGUACUUAAUUGUCAUACUUAAGUAAAAGUAAAUGCUUUACAUCAAAUUCCUUAUAUUAAGCAAACCAGACGGCACGAUUUUCUAUUUCUUUUUUUUUUACGGACAGACUGGGGCACACUCCAACACUCAGACAUCACUUAGAAACGCAGUAUUUGUGUUUAUUGAGUCCGCCAGAUCAGAGACAGUAGGAAUGAAAAUGUGUUAUAUUGAUAGGUGCAUGAAUUUGACAAUAAUUCUGUCCUGCCUGAGCAGUCUAAAUGUAACGAGUACUUUUGGGUGUCAGGGAAAAUGUAUGUGAGUAAAAAGUACAUUGUUUUCUUUAGGAAUGUAGUGGAGUAAAAGUAAAAGUUGUAAACAAUAUAAAUAGUAAAAUAAAGUACAGAUACCCCCAAAAAACAACUUAUUAAGUUGUACUUUAAAGUACUUUAUAUUUAAUGACUUUACACCACUGAUCUUUUUGUCAUGAUUUCAGUCCCCUUUCAGUUGCAGUGCAUUUACUGUAAAGGUGAUACAGAUGUCAGAAUUAGAGCUGUAUGGAUUUUUAUCAUAUCUUCAAGUGAAAAGAUUGAGUUUGUCUGUGGUUGGCAGAUGUUUGCUUCACGUCAGUGAGAUGUUAAUGACGGAAUUGAUGACGUGGUUCCUUUUGAGCAACCAUUUAAGAUGAAAGACUGUUGAAGGAAACGGAACUGGUGUUUAGUGAUAAAAGCCAGCUCUCUGGGGAUCGAUCAGUAAAUGUGUAUUUCAUAUAUACCAGGGAUGGGCAACAUUGAUGGGGUGUGGGGGCCGCAAAAAAACAGAAAUCAUCAUGAGGGGCCGCAGUGGCUCGUGGGUCUGCGUACCCAAUUCUUAAAAUUUUGCCAUAGGGUGGAGGCAAAUGUCUGCAGUUUUUAUAUGAUAACUGAUGAUCAAUGGGCCCCACCCUGGUCGGUAUUUUGACCAUUGCUUACUACAAGUUUAGAUAGCUGGCCGCUAGACCAACCACAUUUCGAAAUUGCACCUUGUGUAGUCUAUUAUUCUAACUCUCAACAGUAAUUUGCGACCCCAACUGUGUUCCCCCCCCCCAAAAAAUAAAAAUUAUUUGUAUUAUUAUUUCUUUUUUUAUUGGUCCACAGGCCUGCAAAAGGGGGACCACGGGCCGCCAGUUGCCCAUUCCUGAUAUAUACAAAUAGUACAUGGUUUAUGUUUUUUGUACUGUAGACCUAAGUGACAGGGUAUUUUCUUUUCAGCUCCAGCCCAGCCCAUAAGUACUACUUGGCCAUGGACCCAGUAAGGGAGGCCCUCUACUUGUCCGACACUAGCAGCAGGAGGGUCUACAGACUCAGGACCCUCACAGAGCCCAAGGACCUGGCCAAGAACAUGGAGGUGGUGGCAGGGACGGGGGACCAGUGCACCCCUUUCGACCAGGGCCACUGUGGAGACGGGGGCAAAGCCAUCGAUGCCUCCCUCAACAACCCCAGA